CACGCAACGGCCUCUGUUACCCGUAUUUGUGUAAAUAUGGUAACAGCAAUACGCGGCCACCCACACACCACCCCACAUCUGGUACGGAGCGCUGCAAAACCUUCCCGUGCAUGUGCGAGCGACGCCUUGGAAGAUCCGCAGCGCUGUCAAAGAGAAUCCAAAUAACUCCAUACCCCGGCGCUGCAUCCCGUCCCAUUGGCGCUGGCUUGUUGGCUGGUGUGGCUGGCAACUGGCACGCCCGCUGUCCUCUGGGCCGGCCCUCCCGCCCGCCCGCAGAAACUCUCCAGACUCUGCACUUCUUCACCGCCGGUCUCUGUGAUUGGCAGAUCCCCGCCCCUCCCUCCCUUCGCGUCGAAAGGCUCGCGGAGCUGCUCCAAUCCCGCUCAGGACUCGCCAGCGGAGUCAGUUACAUCAUCGAGUGGGAGAAUUGCUCGCAUGGCGCCUUGCUCUCUGUGUCUCAUUAUUCUUGUUCGAUGCACCCGCCGUGUUCUUUGGCAAAACCGGCCAAAAGUAAAAUCUGGGAAAAGCUCUUUUUUCAACGAGAUAUUUUUGCUUUUUUUCUCCGGCGCUCGCUGCUCCCGUUACCGAGUCAGGUACCAAUCAUUUUCUGGAGCGCAUUUCAAACUGGGCCGAACGGGCAAUCCCACUCGAACGUCAUCGUUCUUUACACAUUUCUUGACCAUUUUCUCGCAGUCACUUUUGUUCCUCAGGCCAAGGUUGGAGCCGCGAUCAGGCAUCAAAUCAUCGGUCAUGCCCAAAGUCAUCGGCAUUGCCAUCGUUGCCGCCGGGUACUCGAUUGGCGGCUUUCUUUGACUGAGCACGGCUCCUUGAUCGUUGCACUGAUCUUCAAAUUCUCUGCCUUGGCAAUGCCUCUUACAUUCGCAUUCUCACAUUCUGCUCGGCUUUUUGGCGCUAUGUCCUCGUUGCUUACGAUCCAGAAGCACCUCUUCACGCAAAGCUUACUCCCUUCUUUGCUUCUCGCCGUUCGAACAACCGUUUUCCCCUCCAAUGCCCGGCUAGCGUCUAUCGAGAUUCCCCCAGAAGCCGAUAUCGGAGUUCCAACUAGCAAACAGUGCGGAACUGAAGCCCUACCCCUGACCACAGCACCCCCACCACCACCAACAUCAAAUUCGCAUCAGCAAACCCCGUCCGACCAACGGCCGAAUGGCGCCAAAAUAAACUCUAUUAAACGUGCAUGUGCCCGAAGUAUCCUUCGGCUGAUCCCAAGGCGCGUCGCAUUGGCCAUCUUCGCUAUUGCGACCGACAACGAAUACAGUGGAAUUAAUCUAAGCGCUAUGAGCGAAAAUGACCCCGCCUCCCCCGUGAUACCUCCUCCAGCUGAGGCUGCGGCUUCCCCGCUAAUAUCGAUUUCGCCUAGCCUUAUUCCUUCUACGCCUUUGUCGGGCGCAGAGGUCUCUGAAACUAGACCGGGGACCAGUACCGAUUUCGAUCCGACCCAUUCCAACCCGGACGCAACUCAAACGUCAACCCCAGACAUGGGGAGGGUGGUAAACACCAAGCCCGAGAAACUAGACCUGUCAACUUUUGCCCUAGGAUACGAAAAAGAGCAGGUGGAGGACGAGGAGGAGCUGCUGCUGCUGCUGCGCGCUAUCGAGCGCGAUGUGCUGGACCUUUUCUCGGAUUCGUAUUGCAACAAACAUCUUGUCUACUCUAUCGUCGAAGUGGUGUUGGUCAAGCUCGUCCCUGAGCUGAUGGAACAUGGCGUUGGAGAGCUCAUGGCUGAGCGCGGGCUUUGAGAUUUUCACGCACAGACCAAGCUGCGGGACAAAAUAUUGGCGAACCUGGCACUGGCCCAUGCAUUGAUGCAACCCGCCUCUUGAUCAUGGUCCUUCCGGGCUGAUCUGUGCUUCGGAAGGGGCCUCCUGACGCCUGGUACGAAGGUACAUACAUGUACACAUUAGUCACAGAUAAUGAUAUGAUAUUCCAAAUAGAUAAUGCAUACCAUAAUGGUCUUGCUGGAGA